UAUGUAUAUUAAAUAAUCAACAUUUAAAAUUAUUUAUAAUACGAAAUAUAAAAAAUAUUUUUAGGGGUUUCCCCAAAUUUUAAAUAAUAAUUAAAAUUGGUAGCUUUAAAUUUUAUAAAUAAUUCAUAUAGAUAAAUAAUCCACUGUCCAAUUAUUUAUAGACCAAUAUGGCGUUAGUUUAAUGCAAUGACUCAUUCUUACUUUCUUUAGUUUCCUCAAAAGACAGGUAAGUAACUUUUAAAAUAAAUGACAAAAUAGCUAUGAAAAUAUAUGUAUAUAAUACUUGAAAAAAACAACCUUGAGGUUGGUGAUAUCAUUUUAUGAUGCUUUCAACAUAUGAUAUAAAAUAAAAAUAAAAGGUUAAUUCUAAAAUAAUUUCAUUUGUGUAUGUGUAUUGUUGCUCAAGUUUACGGCUUACUCAUUCAGACUUUUAUUUCUUCUGUAUGGCGAUGGCUGGCAUGUGGGUAUAAACAUUGCUGAUCUGAAGCCCGCUCGUUUGAUAAAAAGGGCUUGGCCUAGCUAAAAUCUUUCUCCCGUUGCGACCCGAGCCCAUUGAUCCAAAGAGUUCAGCAUUUUUUUGGAUCAAAAGAAACGUUGAAUUUAAGUAACUUAAAAGUCUACCGAAAUUCAAAACUCACUUCUCGUGAAAGGCCCAUACGAAAACAAACAAAAAUAAAAUUAGUUUUUUACAAAAAAAUAAAUACCGUUGGGGAAAAACAUAUCAGACAGAGACCUAAGGUGGACAACAGUAUUAUAUAAAUUCUAUACUUCAAAAACAAAUUCACGAAGAAAGUUAUAGGACAGGGUAAAUAUAUGUCAUUUAAAAUAUCAAGUAUGUUUUUAUUGCUGCAAGAAACACGAAAACAAAGCAACGUUCAUUUUUGCAGAGAGCAGCAAGUAAGCAAACUAAAAGCAAAGCAAGUUGAAAUAUUUCAUAUUUUAAUAAUUGAUAAAAAGUACUGUGUCAUACAAUUUUUUAUGCUGGUAUUGGUACUAUCAUCAAUAAUUAAUAAUUAGUAAAGUUAACGAAAAAAGAAUAGGUAAUUUCAUCUUUAUGCCAAAUCAUCAAGAUUCUCUGAUGUUCUUGUUCCGAACAUAUAUGUUCAAUUUUAAUUUUAACAGCAACCCCAUUUUCUAAAGUUAUUUGCUUCAAAUGAAAGCUUCCUAUAAAGGUGAGAUUAAUUAGUGUUGACUGUUGAUUAUAGAUAUAUUUCAAAUCUUUGAAAUAUAAAAGGGAAAUGAUUCAGACAAACGCAAUUUACUCCCACCUAAAGAAAGUGAGACGUCGAAUUCUUAAUUAUAUUCAGACCCAAAUUUGUGUCAUGUAUUAUGCAUGUAUGAAAAUAGACUAUAUUUUUUUUGUCAACAUAAAAAAAGAUUAUAAGUAUGCUACAUUACAUAAACGUCACAAAAAUCUUGGUCCAAAAUUUCACAAAGUACUAUAUUUUGAUUAGAUGUUCGGAAUCCACGUACGAUUCAGAGGGAAAGUAUUCUGACAAGAUUCGUAAUGACCUAAGUAAAUUCCAAAAACUUCACUGAAAAUUAUAAUAAAACAGUACUACUACUUAUAGACAUGAAAGAUUUGUAAAUAUGUCUUGCACGUGCGCGUAUUUUGGAACAAGAACUAACGGCUUCUGAUUUAUUUGUACUAUUUUAUUUAUAAUUCAGUGCCCAGUGAUAUACACAAGUACACAGACACAUCUUGUGUGAAGGGAGAAAAAACCAUGUAAUUUAUAAUAGUUCAAGAACGUACAAGUAUAAGUAUAAGUGCAAGUUCUAUGCAUUUUUUUCAAUGCAAUUUGUAUUUAUGGAAGAUUCUUCUUUAGUUUCCAGUUGCAUGAAUGUUAUCUUACCGGCCAUGCAAGCAUAUAUUCCAUGUUCACAUAAUCAAGAAGCAUUUUCGUUAUUUUUUAUACUUCACGUAAGGAACAUGAAUUUACUGUAAAUCAAAUUUCAUUAUACAGAUUUAUAAUUCAUAAAUGUCAAUAAAGAUCUCUAAUUAUUUAAAUAUUUGAAAAACAAAAAGCAAGGCUUUGCUUAUUAUAUUGAUUGAAUCACGUAGAGGGCGGGGGACAUAUAGCAACCAUUUGAAGCUUGAAUCCUAAACCAAGAUUCUGAUUUUCCCAUGAAACUGGUUUUAAUAUAAUGUUAAAUCUAAUUUAAUUUGGUGAGAUUACAUUAAUUAUUUUAGAAAAAUAAAAAGAGAUUACAUUAAUUAAUGCAUAAUGUUAGAGAGUUAAGCAAUAUCAGUUCAUUAACUAAAUUUGAACGUUAUAAGUUUGUAACGCUGUAAACACGGUUUGAUAACAAAACAAUUUGUCAUUUCGUUCAUGUUCUAACGGGAAGUCUCUGCAUGUUGUAAGUCGUUAGAUUUAAGCAAAUAUCAGUUCAUUAAUUAUCUUUUAACGUUAUCAAUGCGUCAUUUGUCAUUUCGUUCGUAUUUUUCAAAGGGGGAGCUAUUUAGUUGAAAAAUGCACAAACCACAUCACCUAACUCCUAUUUUCAAAAUUGUAGAAACCGUUAUUUAUUACUACAACAAAUAAAAACACAUGACUUUUAUAAAAUAAAAUCAGUAUUUAUUUUCUUUUUUCAUCAAUGAACGUGAGAUUCCACUUACCAGCAUCAAGCACGGUGUUCAGAUUACCUGCACUAAACUUUUUUAAUUUAAAAACAAAUAACAAUUUGACUCGUCCUCUUAUGUUAAAUCACGUGGCGUACUAUCUUACGUGUCAAUGCUGACGUGUAGUAACUUUACCUCUAACCCCUUUUUAAACCCUUCACUCUCGAGCUUCGAACACAAACAGUACUUCAAAAAAAACACACAAUCAGUUCUCUCUCUCUCUAGAAAAAAAACAUUUCAAAUUUUGUUUCUCUCUCUAAAAAGAAACUGAAGAAACAAAACCGAUCGGUUCCAGAUUGCUGCAAGAAAGAAACAAUGGCGGACACUGUCCUAAGGAAGCUGAUCGUAGAGAUCUGCAACGCGAGGAACCUAAUGCCGAAGGACGGCCAAGGAACGGCGAGCGCCUACGCGAUCGUCGACUUCGACGGCCAGCGACGGAGGACGAAGACCAAGUUCCGAGAUCUGAAUCCCCAGUGGGACGAGAAGCUCGAGUUCUUCGUACACGACGUGGCGACCAUGGGGGAGGAGAUUCUCGAGAUCAAUCUGUGCAACGACAAGAAGACGGGGAAGCGGAGCACGUUUCUCGGGAAAGUCAAGAUCGCCGGAAACGCGUUCGCCGCGGCGGGGUCCGAGACUCUUGUUUAUUACCCGCUCGAGAAGAGGAGCGUCUUCUCUCAGAUCAAAGGCGAGAUCGGUUUAAAGGCGUAUUAUGUUGACGAGAGUAUACCGGCGGCGGAGGAGAAGCCUGCGGCGGAAGGUCAGGCUGCUCCGGCGGCGGAAGAGAAGGCGGGGGAGAAGGAGAAGGAGAAAACAGAGGAGGGGAAGAAAGAAGCAGAGGCGGCGAAAACAGAGGAGAAACCCAAGGAAGAAGCUAAACCGGAGGCUAAACCGGAGGAUAAACCGAAGGAGGAAGCCAAACCGGAGGAGAAGAAACCAGACGCAGCAGCUCCGCCGGCUACGGCGGACACAAAAACAAAGCCUCCUGAAGCCGCGGCGGCGGCGGCUCCUCCUCCUCCGGCUGUGCCGCAGAAGACAGAGACGGUGAAGCAAAAAGAGACAGAGAUUAAACCAGAGAAUCUAAACCGGCAAGACUUAAUCGGAGCGGAUCUUGAUCUCCCUUCUCUAACAAGAGACCAGAACCGUGGUGGUGGUUACGAUCUCGUCGAUCGAAUGCCGUUUCUAUACAUCCGCGUAGCCAAGGCGAAGCGAGCGAGCAACGACGGGAGCAAUCCGAUCUACGCCAAGCUCGUGAUCGGUACAACCGGUGUGAAAACCAGAUGCCAAACCGGUAAAGACUGGGACCAAGUGUUUGCCUUCGAGAAAGAGAGCUUAAACUCGAGCUCCUUGGAAGUUUCGGUUUGGUCGGAAGAGAAAGUCGAGAAGGAAGACAAAACGGUUACAACAACGGAGAGUUGUCUUGGAACGGUGUCGUUUGACCUUCAAGAGGUUCCCAAGAGAGUGCCUCCGGAUAGUCCUUUGGCUCCUCAAUGGUACACUUUGGAGUCUGAGAAGUCUCCUGGGAAUGACGUCAUGCUCGCUGUUUGGCUCGGGACUCAAGCUGAUGAAGCGUUUCAAGAGGCUUGGCAGUCGGACUCCGGCGGGUUGAUACCGGAGACCCGGUCCAAGGUUUACUUAUCUCCGAAGCUUUGGUAUUUAAGGCUAACGGUUAUACAAACCCAAGACUUGCAGCUAGGUUCGGGUCCCGAACCUAAAGCGAAGAACCCCACCACUGAGUUGUAUGUGAAAGCUCAGCUUGGACCUCAAGUCUUCAAAACGGCUAGGACUUCGAUCGGACCGUCAGCUUCCUCGUCUGGAUCCGGUAACCCGACUUGGAACGAGGAUCUAGUUUUCGUAGCUUCGGAGCCGUUCGAGCCGUUCUUGAUAGUGACUGUGGAAGAUAUAACCAAUGGUCAGUCAAUUGGUCAGACCAAGAUUCACAUGGGGAGCGUCGAGAGGAGAAAUGAUGACCGGACGGAGCCAAAAUCGAGGUGGUUUAAUCUCGCCGGAGACGAGAAUAAACCAUACUCAGGGAGGAUACAUGUGAAGGUUUGCCUUGAAGGUGGAUAUCAUGUGUUGGAUGAAGCAGCUCAUGUGACGAGUGAUGUUAGACCUUCCGCUAAACAGCUAGCGAAGCCACCUAUUGGUUUGUUGGAAGUGGGUGUCCGUGGAGCUACUAAUUUACUUCCGGUGAAAACAAGAGACGGUACGCGCGGUACUACUGAUGCCUAUGUGGUUGCAAAGUAUGGUCCCAAAUGGGUUCGGACUCGUACCAUCCUCGACCGGUUUAAUCCGCGGUGGAACGAGCAGUAUACUUGGGAUGUUUAUGAUCCGUGCACGGUCCUAACCAUUGGAGUUUUCGACAACGGACGAUACAAACGCGACGAAGCUGGGAAACAAGGGAGAGACUUAAGGGUUGGGAAAAUCCGGAUACGUCUCUCUACUCUUGACAUGAACCGCGUCUACCUAAACUCCUACACCUUAACCGUAGUACUACCGAGCGGAGCCAAGAAGAUGGGAGAAAUAGAAAUUGCGGUUCGGUUUUCUUGUCCCUCUUGGCUAAGCAUUAUUCAAGCUUAUGUCACGCCAAUGCUACCUAGGAUGCACUAUGUCCGCCCCCUCGGCCCGGCUCAACAAGACAUUCUACGUCACACGGCUAUGCGUAUUGUAACUGCCAGGCUGGCCCGGUCCGAGCCGCCUUUGGGUCAAGAGGUGGUUCAGUACAUGCUUGACACGGACAAUCAUGUGUGGAGCAUGAGGAGAAGCAAAGCGAAUUGGUUCCGUGUCAUCACGUUCUUGUCACGUGCCGCUACUAUAGCCCGUUGGGUUCACGGGAUACGAACUUGGGUCCACCCACCAACCACCGUGCUAGUUCACUUGCUUCUCGUGGCCAUCGUCUUGUGUCCGCAUUUAGUUCUACCAACUGUUUUCAUGUACGCGUUCUUGAUCCUUGCCUUGAGGUUCCGUUGCCGUGGCAGAUUCAAAGUCAGUAGCGUUGACACUCGUCUUUCCUGCGUUGACUCUGUUGCACCCGACGAGCUAGACGAGGAGUUUGACGGUUUCCCGGCGACUAGACCACCUGAGGUUGUCCGCAUCAGGUAUGACCGGUUAAGGGCAUUAGCCGGUCGAGCACAGACUUUACUAGGUGAUGUGGCGGCUCAAGGAGAGCGUAUUGAGGCGCUUUUCAACUGGAAGGACCCACGCGCCACAUGUAUAUUUGUGGUGUUCUGUCUUUUCGCGUCGUUCUUGUUCUACAUUGUGCCCUUCAAGAUCUUCGUUUUGGGGUUUGGUUUUUACUACAUCCGACACCCGAGGUUCAGGGACGAUAUGCCUUCAGUUCCGGCCAACUUUUUCCGUCGACUUCCUUCUAUGUCUGAUCAGAUCCUGUGAUUCAGACAAGGGGUGGUCCAGUAUUAAUCUUGUCUUUUGUUGUUUUAUCUAUUUCUUGUCAUGUAAUUCUCGGAAUAUUUAAUUAUUAUUAUUUUUUAUAUACCUUCA